AUGGCCUCCAACGAUACGCCCGAAGGCGUCUUCUCGCUGCUCGACACGGAUCUUUACAAGCUGACGAUGCAAUGCGCGGUCCUCAAGUACUUCCCCGACGCUCACGUUCGCUACCAAUUCACCAAUCGCACGCCCCACAUGCGAUUCACAAGAGAAGCAUUCGAGUGGCUGGAGACGCAGAUCAACAAGCUUGAGAACAUUCAAGUCACUGCGGCCGAGAUUGAAUGGCUACGCAAGACCUGUCCAUAUCUCACACCGACCUAUCUCGACUAUCUAUCGACUCUUCGUCUCCAUCCCUCAUCGCAGGUCGAGGCCACAUUCACACCCAUUACGAGCGAUUCCAAGGAUCCUGAUGCUCUUGGGGACGUUAUCCUGUCGGUCAGUGGAGUGUGGGUGGAGACCAUCCUCUACGAGAUCCCGCUGCUCGCCCUUACAUCUGAAGCCUACUUCAAGUUUGUCGAUCGUGACUGGAACCACGACGGACAACUCGCUCAAGCCAAGGAAAAAGGCGAAAGACUUCUCGAGAGCGGCUGUGUUUUCAGCGAAUUUGGGAGCAGACGGAGACGUGACUACAAGACGCACGCGAUGAUCAUCGAGGGUCUUAUGCAGGCAAAGGAGGAAGCGGAGACAAAUGGCAGGGGUUGGAAGGGAAAGUUCACGGGAACCUCAAAUGUGCAUCUCGCCAUGAAAUAUGGCGUCAAUCCUACGGGUACGGUCGCGCAUGAGUGGUUCAUGGGCAUUGCCGCCAUCACACAGGACUAUGCAAGCGCAAAUGAGCUCGCACUGCAGUAUUGGAUUGGAACUUUCGGCCGGGGCGUGUUGGGCAUCGCAUUGACGGACACAUUCGGCACUCCCUCAUUCUUGAAGGCUUUCGCGCAGCCUGCACCUAAGAGCGGCACCACCGAGGAUGUGGUGAAUGGACGAGACCCGACAUACGCGCAGAUAUUUACUGGCGUACGCCAGGACUCUGGCGAUCCCGUCGAGUAUGUCAAGAUGAUUAGCCAAUUUUACGACGCACAGGGUAUCAAGGACCCGAAGACGGUCAUCUUCUCUGACAGCUUGAACAUCGCGCGAUGCAUUCAGUACAAGGAGGCCACCGAGGCCGUGGGUCUGACACCAGCAUUUGGUGUGGGGACAUUCUUCACUAAUGACUUCGUGACUCUGAGCACGAAGGAGAAGAGCGUGCCGUUAAACAUCGUUAUCAAAUUAUGCGAGGCCAAUGGUAAUAGCGCGAUCAAGCUGAGUGAUGAUACGGGCAAAAACAUGGGCAACGAUGAGCUGAUGAGGAGCGUGAAAGCGCAAGUUGGGUACGAGGAGAAGUCUUGGCGAGGCGGAGAUGAAGCUCAUCGAUGGGACAAGAACGACAGCUGA